AGAUAUACUACAGCAGUACAGAGAGGAAAAAAUCUGAUCAAGCCUUUCCGGUCUGCUAGUCCUAAUUUCCUCUCAAGACCUCUGGCGUUAGAGCCGAGGGGACGCGCAGGCAGAGAGAAAGGGAUCCUGGUCGAGGAGCAACGAGGAGAAACUGGGGCAGUAAACGCGAACCAGCACAACCCCGCACGCCUUUGUACGCGUACUCUGCGUAGGAAAAUGCAUCCUGUCGGCGGUGUAAUGUGCUCGCAGAGGAGGAGUGUGUGAGGGGAGAACAGAAUGGUUCGGCGGAUGGGAGCGCACACGGUUCUUGCCGCGGCCGUUCCGUGCUCUCCCAUCCGCUCGUUUCUCCGUCUCCUUGAAGCCGCCACAGAGCGUCCGCCGAUGCCCGCCCUCCCCUCCGCCGAUCUGCUGCACCCACCUCCGGGUAUUUGUCCGAGUCGUCAUUACAUAACUCGGCGUCUUUGUCGCUGGCACUGACUUCAUUCUCUCAAAGCCAGGAGUGGGGAUAACCACAUCUUGUUUACCGCCCCACCAGCAGCAAGCGGCAGCAGCAGGCGACGACGCGGCAGUGGCGGCGGUCCAAGCAGGAUUUAAACCCGGGCUGUGCAGCCUUUUGCUGUCGUGGACUAAAGGGACUAGGAGGAGGACACAUAAAGGGUGGAAACCUGAGUCCAGCGGUGAUGAGAACUCACCCCGAGUGGAUUUCGCUGGUGUGCUGCCAGAAGCAUCUGGAAAGGAUAACACAGGGAUUCACUCCCCCUUCAGAGGACCAGAGGAUAAUUCACAUCUCAGACAUUUCACUCUUUCAGUUCUGUGGCUGCUGAGCGAUGCCUUUUAGCUUGUGUUUUAAUAUGAAAUUGGUUUAAUCACACUGGCAAUUAAAGCUCCUGCCUCUCCCGAGUGGGUUCAUAACCAGAUUUCCUCCUGGGACCAGUGGGUUUGGACAUGUUGGAUAACUGUGGCCCUCCUGCAUACAACAGUUGAUUAAAGGACAAGCAUCACCUUGAAGAAACCACAACAGAUCAAUAAUCCUGCAAGGCUUCCUUGUAGCUAUGCAGUGAAGAUGUGUGCAGCCAGGUUUAGUGGCUGCCUCAAUGGCUGUGCCGAGGAGGCCACCGGUGGUGCCGCGGGGGCUGCUGGUCCAGUCACAGCCUCCAGGAUGCUGGACUGGACGGAGGCGGGUCCCCGCAUCCUCCACAGCCUGGAGAUGGGCACGGUGAUGACCAUCUUCUACCAGAAGAAGUCCCAGCGGCCUGAGAGGAGAACGUUCCAGAUAAGGCAGGACACACGGCAGAUAGUGUGGAGCCGAAACCCUGACAAAAUAGAAGGAGAGAUCGACAUACGAGAGAUCCGGGAGCUGCGUUUGGGGAAGGGCUCCCGCGAUUUUGAGCGCUACCCGGAGGAGGCCCGUAAACUGGACUCUGCCCACUGCUUCAUUGUGCUCUACGGCCUGGAGUUCCGCCUCAGGACGCUCAGUGUGGCUGCCUUCAGUGAAGAGGAGGUCAACAUGUGGAUCACUGGUCUCAACUGGCUAAUGAUUGACACUCAGAGAGCGCCCGCACCACAGCAGAUAGACAGGUGGCUGAGGAAACAGUUUGAAGUCAUGGACAGGAACCACGAGGGCAGUAUCACAGUGAAGGACGUGAAAGCCCUGCUGCCUCAGGUCAACUACAGAGUCCCCAACAUGCGUUUUCUCAAAGACAAGCUACAGGAGGUGGAGGCCAGGAGCGAUCUGUCAUACUCCAACUUUGCACAGCUCUACAGGACACUAAUGUUUGAUGCACAGAGGAGUAUUAUUGAGCAGCUGGAGCUCUCCUUUCCUCUGCGGAACGUUGACAGACCGGAGCUGUGUCAGAUCUCUCUCUACGACUUUCAGAAGUUUUUACAGAUGGACCAAAAGGAGUCCUGGGCGUCAGACCUGAGUCGUGUCAGGGAGUUUCUGAUGGGGUACAUGAAGGGGGGGCCCCAACCUGAGCCGAUGCUACAGCUGGAUGAGUUCCUGACCUUCCUGUUCUCUAAGGAGAACUCUGUGUGUGACCCUCGACUUUCACCUGUGAUUCCCGAUGACAUGAAAAGACCUCUGUCUCAGUACUGGAUUUCCUCUUCACACAACACCUACCUGACAGGUGACCAGUUUUCCAGUGAAUCAUCUCUAGAAGCCUACGCCCGCUGUCUGAGGAUGGGCUGCCGCUGCAUUGAGCUGGACUGCUGGGAUGGACCCGACGACCUGCCCAUCAUCUACCACGGCCACACCCUCACCUCCAAGAUCAAAUUCCUGGAUGUGCUGCACACCAUCAAAGAGCACGCCUUCGUCACAUCUGAGUAUCCCGUGAUCCUGUCCAUCGAGGACCACUGCAGCGUGGUCCAACAGAGGAACAUGGCCACGCACUUCAAGAAGGUGUUUGGAGAUCUGCUGCUCACCAAGCCGGUCGACAACAACGCAGAGGAGCUUCCUUCACCCUACCAGCUCCGCAGGAAGAUCCUCAUCAAGCACAAAAAGCUGGUGGAAGGAACCCUGUAUGAAGAGGUGACGUCAGCCAGCUACUCUGAAAACGACAUCAGCAACUCACUGAAGAACGGCAUCCUUUACCUGGAAGACCCCAUCGACCAUACAUGGACUCCACAUUAUUUCGUCCUGACCAGUAAUAAGAUCUACUACUCAGAGGAGACGUCUCACUACCAGACAGCUGAUGAAGAGGAGGACGAUGAGGGAAAAGAGGAGUGUAACAACAACGAGCAGCAUUGUGCAGAGCGGUGGUUCCACGGGAAGCUGGGUGGAGGUCGAGACGGUCGACAGGUGGCUGAGAAGCUGCUGCAGGAGUACUGCGAGGGCGGGGCUAAAGACGGCACCUUCCUGGUUAGAGAGAGCGAGACGUUUGUCGGAGACUACACCCUCUCCUUCUGGCGCUCCGGUCGAGUCCAGCACUGCAGGAUCCAUUCACGUCAGGAGUCUGGCUCCACACGUUUCUACCUGACCGACAACCUGGUGUUUGACAGCCUCUACCGCCUCAUCUGCCACUACAGAGACACACCGCUGCGCUGCAACGAGUUUGAGAUGAGGCUGGGCAACCCAGUACCUCAGCCCAACGCACACGAGAGCAGAGAGUGGUACCACUCCAGUCUGUCCCGCGUUCAGGCUGAACACAUGCUGAUGCGUGUCCCCAGAGACGGAGCUUUUCUGGUGCGAAAACGAAGCGAACACAACUCCUACGCCAUCUCCUUCAGGGCAGAGGGGAAGAUCAAACACUGUCGUAUCCAGCAGGAGGGACGUCUCUUCAUGCUCGGCAGCUCGGCAGAGUUUGAGAGUCUGGUGGAUCUGGUGAGCUACUACGAGAAACAUCCUCUUUACCGCAAGAUGAGGCUCCGCUACCCCAUCAACGAGGACACUCUGGACCGGAUGGGCACCACGGAGCUUGACUACGGGGCGCUGUAUGAAGUCCGCACUCCUCAUUUCUACGUGGAGGCCAAUAAGAUGCCCACAGCUCGGUGCACGGUCAAAGCUCUGUACGACUAUCGGGCUCAGAGAGAGGACGAGCUGUGCUUCCCCAAACAGGCGCUCAUCCUCAACGUGGACAAGCAGGAGGGUGGCUGGUGGCGAGGCGACUAUGGUGGGAAGAAGCAGCUGUGGUUUCCUGCAAACUACGUGGAGGAGGUGCCCAGUUCUCCCACCAGAGAGCUGGAUGAAGUGUCCACAGAGAACAGUCCUCUGGGCACGUUCCUCAAGGGCUUCAUCGAUGUACCCUCCUGCCACGUUGUGGUUCACAAAGACGGGAAGAAUUCGAGGCCGUACGUGUUCACCAUCCACUCCCAGCACCUCUCCUCUCACCCAGUUCAGACCCUGGACGUGGCAGCAGACAGUCUGGAGGAUCUGACCGCCUGGGUCAGCAAGAUCAGGGAGGCUGCACAGAACGCCGAUGCACGGAUGCAGGAGGAGAAACAGAUGGAGAGGAGGAAGAAGAUCGCGGUGGAGCUGUCGGAGCUUGUGGUGUACUGCAGACCUGUCCCCUUUAACGAAGACAAGAUCGGAACAGAGAGGGCAUGUUAUCGGGACAUGUCGUCCUUCCCAGAGACAAAGGCAGAGAAGUUUGCGACCCGCGGCAGAGGGAAGCGCUUCCUGCAGUACAACCGCCGCCAGCUGUCCAGAGUUUAUCCCCGAGGACAGAGACUGGACUCGUCCAACUAUGACCCGCUGCCCAUGUGGCUCUGCGGCUCCCAGCUGGUCGCACUCAAUUUCCAGACCCCAGAUAAACCCAUGCAGCUGAACCAGGCCUUGUUCAUGCUUGGAGGAGGCAGCGGCUACGUUCCCCAGCCCGACAUCAUGAGGGACGACACCUUUGACCCUUUCGACAAGGACACGCUGCACGUGGAGCCAAUCACCAUCCAGAUACAGGUGCUGGGGGCCCGUCAUCUGCCUAAAAAUGGCCGCAGCAUCGUCUGUCCCUUCGUGGAGGUGGAGAUCUGUGGAGCUGAUUACGACAGCUGCAAGUGUAAGACAGACGUUGUAGCCGAUAACGGUCUGAAUCCCGUGUGGGUGCAGAAGCAGUUUGUGUUUGACGUCCAUAACCCCACCUUCUCCUUUCUGCGCUUUACCGUCUAUGAGGAGGACAUGUUCAGUGACCCCAACUUCCUGGCUCAGGUUACCUAUCCUGUCCGUCCACUACGAACAGGCUACAGGAGUGUACCUCUGAAGAACUACUACAGUGAGGAGCUGGAGCUGGCGUCACUUCUGGUCCACAUCGAGAUCGUCAAUGCAAAGGAGGAAGACGACGAGAACCUAUACACGUCCAUCCAGCUGCUGCGGGAUCGAACCAGUGAGCUGUCAAACCAGGUUUCCCUCCUGGAGAGGUCGGGCUCGGCGGACCUCAGCUACCAGCAGAGUCUGGAGGAGCUGAGAGCGGCUCAGGACCAGCUGAGUGAGCUGGUGGAAGCUCGGAACCGCAGGCUGAUGGAGAAGAAGAGGAGGGAGAAGCUGAGGCAGCAGGUGGCAGCAAAGCGCAGUUAAUCCUCUCGUUCACCAGAGAGCGCUACGCUCAAACACAACUGGUGCCUGACACUUGCUGCCACCAGUGCUGAGCCAUGAGGGCCUGAAGGAACGAAGAGGCUUUCUACAGCAGCGACAUGCAAUCCAUUUAUAACUGAGGAAAUAACCGUGUUCCUUCACAAUAAAAUGUGAGAUUCUAUCUGCUGACAGCAGAGGAAGUGACAAACAGGAGGAUCUCAUGGACUCAAAAAAUAAAACUCACAAAACUAAGCUAUAAAAACAAUCACAGACUUCAGGCUGAAACACAUUAAGAGUGAAUUAGAGAAAUUUUCUCUGACACAGUUCAGACAACAGAGUUCUGAAUUUCACUGACAGAAAAUUGAUUGGCAACUUUUCUUUGUCUUGUGCGAUUAGAACCACAACGAUAAGUCAAUUAAUCAGUUAGUCCACUCACAGAAAGUUAACUGUCGGCUAUUGACUGAAUAAUUGUUUUUUAUUUUUUUAGGCAAAAAUACCAAACAUUCGAUUAAUUGUUCGCUGCAGCUCUAUCUGCGAUAAUAAAAGGAUCAUUUUAAUAUCACAAUAACAAAAAAAGCUAUUUGAAGAUUCCACCUGAGCUUUAGUAAAUAUUACUGGACAUUUCAUGGACCAAACCGAUUUAUCAAGAGGAUCAGCAGCAGAUUGAUUGAUUGGUAAUGAAAUUAAUCACUGGUUGCAGUUCAUAUCACGAUGGGUUGGUCUGGUCGAGUCACUUGGGAGACACUUCAUGCAGCAAAUGUCACCUAAUUAUCACAAAUGUGCUGCUGGCCAACUGCCACCACAACAAAAAGCCAAAAAUAAAUACUCAAAUUUUACAUUUUCAGCUCAUCCUGUCAGAUUAAAACUGAACAGCAGAAUAAAGUUUAAAAUAAUAAUAAAAAAAAAACACGCUGAGAACAAAUCUCUCUUGGGACUGAUCAGGUCAGAUUUAGCUUCUUGAUGAGUUUAGAAAAUGCAAAAUGGCUCUGGUUUUGGUCCAAAGUGCCACAAAACUCAAAUAGAAAUGUAAACAAUGCCAGUGGAAAAGAAGCCCUGAUCAUCACCUCAUCAAAUCUGCUUUUACUGUGUUUCAGGCUUUAGUAAGAAAAACAGGAUAAAAGGGAGAAGAAAACUCAGGUUACACAAAUGGAAGGGGGAAAAAAACUAACCUCUUUAUCUGGAUGGAAAAAGGGAGCAGUGGGCACACGUAGCAAAAAGGAAAUAUCAUGUAUGUGCCUUUGAUGUUGAGCUUUGUGGAAUAUCGUUACUCUGAUGUUUCAGAAAGCGUAAGACUCACUGAUUUCUCUACAACUGGAACAGUGGCCCCUUUGAGGGAAAACUGCUAACAAACUGAAGGAGGAAUCCACUCGUUCGUUUCGGACCACUACUCAUGAAAUGGGUUUAAAGGGAUUCAAAGACUGAAGUCUGUUCCUCCUGAUUAAGACCAAGUCUGUUUUUGGGUGAUCGCAUGAACUCGGCCCUCAGGUGGCGGUUUGGGGGAGGUGGGGGGUGGGGCUCCUAUCACAGACCUUCCUACCUGGGAGAGCACAAACUGGACGAACUGUGGAAGAAAUCCUCACCAAACCACACGAGAAGGUCUUUAAUACUUCUUCAAAGGGCUCUAAACAUAUGUAUACUACCUUCAAAGAGGCACGAGAACAGCGAGCGUUUCUCACAGCGCCCCCUGGAUGUCACCUGCACAGGGGCCGAGGUGUGUUCACUCUGAUUGGACACACACACACGACAAACAAGGGCUAUCUCAGAAAACUAGCAAAGCACUCUUUUUACCUGCCGGCUCAGAUUUCACGUCUCACAUCUGAACCACACGACCAGGAUCAGCUCCCGUCAUCUGGCUCUAAUCAACCAAUUGCGGCUCAACUGGUCCUGGAUCUGCCAAAAACAGCUUUGAUUCAACCCACUGCAUGGCUUCAUAUCUAAUAAUGCCCCCCCCCUCCUCACCUGUAGCUACUUCGCCUUCCCAUCAUCCCCCGGUCUAAUUUCUCAUUGUAUAUAACUUCUUUUAUUUAUCAGACAGAUGAUAGCAUGUCAGCCUCUCAAUAGAUGAGGAACAUAAUAAAAGAAUGAUAACGGACUUCAGAUUGAAGAUACUGUAACUUUAUGUAGAAAUUAAUAUUGUGUAUUGGAGCUCCCUUUAAAUGUCCCCAUAGACACAAACCUCUCUUUUUCUCCCUACGCUGCCGUUGCACUGAGUAGGGACUUCUAUGCAAAGGUCAUCUUCUUGGCCUAUAGCCAUUGUGUAUUAGGCAAUUUGACCCAAGUUGUGUUUUCUCUCUGUAUCUAUGCUAACUGUCCAGUAUUAUUACUCUGCAUUACAAAUCCUGUGCAAGUUUCCAUUUAAUAAAUAAAUCUCUUUCA